AGAGGUUUUAGGGAGCGGUCCUCAGUCUGAGAUCGGCUUGUCCGUCCAGCCUUGGCCUGGUGAUCUUCCGAAGCAAGGAUGCUCUUGGGAUUUCGGAGAGGCCGCAAGAGCCACUUUAAACACAUCGUCCAUGGCCUUCUCCCUGCCGCCAGCAUCGCACCGAAGCCCGCCGUGCCCCGCACCCCUCCUCCCCGCAGCCCCAACCCCUCUCCAGAGAGACCCAGAUCUGCUCUGGCUGCAGCCAUUCUAGCAACAACGUUGACUGGCCGGACCAUUGCCAUUCCUCAGCCUCGCCGGAGGUCCCAGUCUGAGAGUGACACAACCUACAUUGAAAAGGAUGAUUUCAUCGAGCCCUAUGCCACCACCUCAGAGCCGCGGCUACAACCAAACUGGCAGAGUGAGACAGGAAGAAGAACUUCUUUGCCAUCCUUUGAAAUGCUGGGCUACGGGGAGGAAGAGGAUACGGACACGCAUCUGUCGUCCAGCUACAAGGAGUCGGGGGACGGCAGCGUCUGCAAAGCAGAGGGAGGUCUCGGUGAUGCUGUGUAUGCUGUGCCACACAGAAAUCAGGUUCAAUUGUCACAUGAGGUGGACAGUGAAGAUGAGGGAAAUAUUUCUGAGCAAGAUGGGUUUCCAGGCUCACCUCUUAGACCACAGCGUACACAAGAAAAAGACGGUAAACAUUCUGUUCUGAAUUUAAAGGAUGGAAAACCACCAUUAUGUGAAAAACCUCCCCCCUCCCCAGAUGUAACUGGUAGAAAACGUCAAAGAUGUAUAGAAAUAACCAAAGAAAAGCUUGAGGAAUUAAAAGAAGAAAAUUUGCGUCUAAACAAUGCAAAUCAAACCCUUACUCUUGAACUUAACAUAAUAAAACAAGCAAUGAAAGAACUACAAUUAAAACUUAAGAAAAUGGAAAAAGAAAAAGGAAAGCUGAAAGAGGCUGAGAAAGCAUCCUCUCAGGAAGUAGUUGCUGUGCCUGAAUUACUUUAUCUAAGAAAACAAGCUCAAGAUCUGGUGGAUGAAAAUGAUGGGUUGAAAAUGACUGUCCAUCAUUUGAAUGUAGAACUGAGUAGAUAUCAAACAAAGUUCAGGCCUUUAUCCAAGGAAGAGAGUUUAAAUAUUGAAGGCCUCCCGUCAAAGGGCCCUGCACCGCCCUGGUUGUUGGAUAUAAAGUACCUGUCACCCUUGUUGCUGGCUUAUGAAGACAGAAUGAAAGAGAAGGACGAGCUCAAUGCCUCCCUCCAGGAGGAAAUGAGAAUGUUUAGGAUGCGAGUCCAAGAAGUGGUGAAGGAAAAUGAAGAAUUGCACCAGGAGUUAAAUAAGAGUAGUCCUGUUACCAGAGAGGAAUGGCAUCAGCUUCAGACUCAAGCAGAACUGGUUUUAGAGGAAAACAAGUUGUUGAUAGAGCAGUUGGAGAUUCAGCAAAGAAAAGCCAAGGACGCCCACCAGGAGCGUCUGCGGGAAGUUUCUAAGCUGACAAAACAGCUAACACUGCUGGAGGCUAAAACACAGAGCCAAGAAAAGGAGUUAGCUGGAAACAAGGAGCAACUGGAAAUUUUGCGUAACGAAUGCCAAGAACUAAAAACACGCUUGGAUGGCAAAAUUGCAAUGAAAGUUCAUGCUUCAAUUGUAAAUGAAUUAAAAAGCCAGUUGCAGAAGGAAGAAGAGAAAGGCAGUGCCGAGAUGGAAGAGUUGAUGGGCAAGUUGGUGGUCCUUCAAGUGCAGAAGAAGAGCCUGCUGUUGGAGAAGAACAGUCUGUCGGCCAAAAACAAAGCACUGGAAGCCGAACUCCAAAGGGCACAGAAAAUAAAUAGGAGAUCUCAAAAGAAAAUUGAUGUCCUCAAAAAGCAAGUGGAAAAAGCCAUGGAGAAUGAAAUGUCUGCUCACCAGUACCUGGCAAAUCUUGUUGGCCUGGCAGAGAAUAUAACCCAGGAACGUGACAGUCUCAUAUAUUUGGCUAAGUGUUUAGAAAGUGAGAAGCAUGGAGUUCUCAACAAAAUCAUAGAAGGCAAUAUUCGCUUGGGGAGGUUGGAGGAGAAAGUCAAGGGGUACAAGAAGCAGGCAGCCCUGAAGCUGGGCAACAUCAGUCACCACCUGACAGAGCAGCAGGAGGACUUUGCUAGCAAGACAGCUCAGUACCAACAGGAGCUACGGCACCUCCACCGGAUGCUGCGGGACACGCAGGACGUCCUGGACCAGGCACUGCAGCAGAAGAGAGAAAUGGAAGGCGAGCUUGAAGUUGUUUGGGAGUCCGCCUCCAAGGAAAACCGAAGAAUCCGAGAACUUCUCCAGGCCACACUGGAGAGGGCAGACAUGAGGGACAACACCAGAGCCUUCGAGGGCCCCUGCCUCGACAGCGUCCCACAGGGAGACGUGCUGGAUGGCUGCAACUUCAGCUACUGUGACAUGAAGCCACCUCCCACCACCCACCAGAGCCUGCGGGAGCCCCUGGGCUAGGGCACCUGGGCCAAGAGGUCUGCCUGCCAUGGGACAGGGAAGGACAAACUCCCUCCUACCACCACAGCGCAUUUUCUCCUUGGGGCAAGGAAGACAUCAACUGUCCCAGAAAUUUAAUCUGUUUUUUUAUAUUUUGCUUUUUUUUUUAAUAGUGUGCUGCUGAACUAUUUUUCAGCCAGUGCACAUCCUCUGGCCACAUUGCCACUGAGGUGGGCUCUAUGAGUCCCAUUGCUCAGGUUAACAGGUAACCGGAUGAGCUGGCCUGCCUGGGCUCCUAGACCUGUAGCUGGGAAAGCACAGAGGAAACGGCCGAGCAGGACCGCACUCUCAUCCUGAGUGUUAGGUGAAUAAGUUUAAUUGGACGAGCCGUCGAUGGAAGCAUCAGCUCUGGGUGGUCUUUUAUUGUUUGGUGAAAUACACGGUGCUGGGCCUCGUGCACCAGUAAGUUGUACAAAACCCGUUCUGCCCCCUCCCUCAGCCCUUCUCUGUCCUCCUGCGAAGGUCAUUUUUCUGGGGCCACAUAGCCCCUCCUCCCCUUUCAGAGCCCUGACUUUGAACACCAAGGUGGGGUCCCUGCCCCACUGCCACCACCGAGAAGGGCGCCAGGGUCACAGUUCUGCUCCACGCUGUGCCACCUCCCCAGGAAAAUUAUCCCAGCCUCUCGGGAACGUUCACUGGGACUUCCUGACGGUAAUGCCAGCUGUCUAGGGCUGUUUGUCCCCAGCCAACGUGCUGGAAGAACGUGGGGACAUCAGGCUCCAAAGGACCCUGAACAGUGGGAUGGAAGUGUAGAAUCCUGGGACACAUCCUUUUAGGGAACCCGUCAGAGCUGAGGCCUGCGUUGUCAGGUGUGCCGUUAGGCCCAGCACCGGUCCUUGGUCACGUGUAAAAGUUAUGCACGUGAUCUUGACUAGAUGGGAAGUUGAGUAGUUCUUUUACAUUUUAUUAAACUUGUUCAGCAGUCAAACAAUUCAAAUUUAUUUUCCUUUUACCAGGUGUAGAAAGACUUACCAGGAUUUAAAACUACGUUAUGAUCCCCUAGAAGAUGACCUAGCAAAUAACUCUGAUGUUAUUUCAAGGGAGUUUGUGCCGACUGUCCAGUAAUCGGUAGACAAGCCGAAGGGGGCAGCGGCCCUAUGAGUCUCUGGCCUUCCAGACCUGUGCUCAGGGUGGCUUGUCCAUGGGAACGCUGCUGUUGUCAUGUCGCCUAGAGAACCACUUUUAGUCAUCCUUUUCCUGCCUUUUAUGAGAACGUUUUAUUCCCUCGAGAGUGAACAUUUUCACAUCUCUGCUUUAAGUUUACUGCACAUUACAGUAUACUUUGCAAGUUCAGUGACCCCUGGUCCACGUCACUACCAGGCAGGUGGGAGUCGGGCAGCACUUGGGCUCUGCCGGCCACCUGCUGGGUGCUGUGGGAAAUGGACACGUGAGCUCAGAGUCCAGGAUGCAAAGAUGGGCCAGGCAGGCAAAGAAGCAAGAGACAAGGCAGCUGAGAGGUGCAGAGGCCGGCCUCGGGAUCCUUCUUGAAGGAACUGGGACGCCCUGGGCCUUGCGGAGUGGACAGGGCUCCAGGAGCUGGAGAAGGGCAGAGAGGGAUGUGUGGGCAGAGGCAGGAACUCAGGAGCAGCAGGAGGGGCUGUGGGGCUGGAGGGUGGGGUGGGCAGUGAGGCGAGACCGGUCUAAGGAGAGCAUGGACUGCUGGAGGGGCUCCUGUUCCCCUUCAUGCUGCAGGUUCCCAGUCUGAGCAGGAACCUGUUCCAUGCUUCCUGGUGAGGCUUUAUGUGGCCCCAGAAACGUCCUGACCAGGUUGAAGUAACCCCAGGCAAAGUUAUAAAACAUGACCUGGGAACUCAAUGAGCCCUGCUGCCCUUGCUUUAUUAAAAAGCAGCCCUGGGGCAGUCAGGACCCAGUGGAGAGAGGGGCCAGGGCCCAGGUUGGUGUGGGGUGAGUUUGGUGUGAGAGCGGGGGGACGGCUGUUGACCCCUGCAGGGGGGCGGUGGGAUCCAAAGUGACUCCUUUGCCCCUCAACCUCCAAGAAGAAAGAGAGAGACCCCACCCUUUUCCAACAGCUUCAUUCUAUGUAGAGCAGUGGGUCAUCCAACUCCAGUGAAAGAGGGGGAAAUUCUGAAUUUUAUUGAUUUCUGCGUAACAUUUAUUCAGCAGUAUACAUUGGGUGCUUAUCUGUGUGCACUGUUUGUUGAGAACAAUAGCAGUGACGAAGGCAGACAUAAUUACAGACUGAGCUAGGUGCUCGGAGGAAAACAGACAGCUGGGACAGAACGAGCCUCAUUUCCAGAUGGAGCAGGGUCUUGGUGCAGGGGAACUUUUAUGUGUUAGAGCACACGGCUAUGUGAACCUACCUUUUCCACUACAAAUUUUAUGAAGUUAGACCAAGUAUUUCUGGUAAAAUCGAGCAUUCAAAUUAAGAUGUGCUAUAAGCAUAAAAUAUGCAUCGGAUUUUUGAAGACUUAGUAUGAAAAGAUGUAAAAUGGCUCACUAAUAAUUUUUAUAUUGGUUAUAUGUUGAGAUGAUAACAUUUUGUAUUUAUUGGGUUAAAUAAAAUAUAUUAAAAUUAA